GUGCGUGUGCGUGUACGUGUGUGUAUGUGGGAGUGUGUGUGUGUUGCAAGGGGCAAAUGGUACUAGGCAGGAGGAGAGUUGGCUCUGAUGCGGCCCAACCUGUUCUCCUGGCUUGCUUUCAGGCAUUUAACUGCAGCUCCAUCCCAUCGGGCUGGCAGAGCAGCAGUGAUACGCUGAGGAGGAGACAUCUGUCCCGGGGCUUACCUGCCAGCAGCACACGAUAACUCUGCUCUGGUUUGGAGUUUCUAUGGUUUCUUGUGUAAAGUCCAGGAUAUGUGGAUGUAACUACAUCUAAGACAUCAUGAGCGGGGACAAGAAGAGUAGAGGUUUCUCAGAAAGCCUGUACCUAGACGACUCUGAGAAAGGAGUCUUCAGUAAAGGAAUGACCGAUGACACAAAUGCUGCGAUGAGUGGCCUCCACGUAGGGGAUGAGAUUGUUGCAGCCACCAUACACCUAGACCACCUCAACAAAAAUGAAGUGCUGAAUAUCCUGAGGGUCCUGGAGCCGUAUGAUCACAACAUGAAGUUUCUGACAAAGAAGCAGCUAAACGCCAGCGCUGGCCUUGGCUCCCUGGGAUUAGACCUCACAGACUCUACAAAGAUGCUCAACCUCAAGAAGGAUCUGUCACUGGAUGCAUCAGCUGAGGCACCAGUUAUUUCCCUUAAUGGCCUGAGUGGAAAGCUAAAUGCUGAAAAGGGGUCGGGGGGUGAAAUAGGUGGUCCCACUCUCAAUGGAGACCUUCCCAGUCUCAGUCUAAAUAAGCACUCAGCUGAGGCUGGUGCCAAGUUCAAAAUGCCCUCCCUAGGACUGAGUGGACCAGAUGUAAAAGGAGAUCUAGAUGGCAGACUCAAAGCCCCUGAUGUCAGGGUCUCAACUCCCAAACUCAACACCCCCAUUUCCUCACUCGAGAACCCUGAUAUCAAGACAGGCAACAUGGAAUACAAUGCCCCGAAAUUCUCGAUGCCACACUUCAAUCUGCCUCAACUCAAAACACCAAAAGCAAAAAUGGAUGUUUCUGGUGAUCUCCCAUCUGUCAGUGGAAAUGUAAAGACCCCAGACCUCAAUCUGGCGGCCCCAGAAUUAGAUCUUAAGAGUCCAGAUUUAAACCUAAAUGGGCCAAAGGUGGAUCUGAAUGGUCCUAAUGUAAAUUUAGGAACCCCAAAUGCUGACAUUGAGGCACCCUCAGGCAAAGUCAAGUGGCCCCAUUUAAAAUGGAAAGGUCCCAAAGUUAAAGGACCGGAUGCCAACUUAAAUUCUGACCUAUCUGCACCUGAUUUAAGCCUCACCAAACCAAAGAUCGAUGGGGAUCUUAGUGAACAAGAUGUUGACAUUAACUGUCCCAAAACUGACAUCAAAAGCCUUGAUCUAGAUCUUCAAAACCCAAAUCUUGACAUUGAUGCUCCAUCUGGUAAAAUCAAUUGGCCUCAUUUGAAAUGGAAGAAACCCGGACUUAAUGGCUUAAAAGCUGAUUUGGCUUCAGAUGCAAACCUAAACACACCUUCUCUUCCCAAAGUGGAAGGUGGAAUAAAUUCCCCCAAUUUUGACAUUAAUUUGCCAAAGGCAGACCUUAAAGGCCCUGAUCUAGACAUGCAAACCCCAAAUAUUGAUGUAGAUGCUCCAUCUGGUCAAAUAAACUGGCCUCACCUCAAAUGGAAGAAGCCCAAACUUCAAGGCCCAAAAGCAGACUUGGGCAUAGAUGCAGACCUAAACACACCAAAUGUAAAUGUCUCAGCGCCAAAGAUAAAUGCACCAAAUGCUGAGCUGAAUCUCCCAAAAUCUGAACUUAAUGGCCCCAAGGUAGAUUUUGAUGCCCCAGAUCUUGGGAUUGAUGCUCCAUCAGGGAAAAUUAACUGGCCUCAUCAGAAGUGGAAGAAACCCAAACUUAAUGCCCCUAACGCUGAUAUGGACCUGAAUGCAGAUCUGAGCACACCUGAUGUUGAUCUCUCUGUUCCAGAUGUUGAUCUGAAUUCACUCAAAGCUAAUGUAGAUCUUAAAGCACCAAAUGCUGACAUUGAUGCUCCUUCAGGCAAAAUCAAGUUCCCAACACUCAAAAAGCCCAAGAUCCAUCUUUCUGGGGCAAAGGUGAAAGGCCCAGAUGUUGACCUUGAUGCAGAUGUUAAAGCACCUGAUCUCAGUCUCUCUGCUCCAUCACUUAAUGGACCUGAUGUUGAUCUGAAUUUACCCAAAGCUAAUGUAGAUGUUAAAGCACCAAAUGCGGACAUUGAGGCUCCUUCUGGCAAAAUCAAGUUCCCAACACUCAGAAAGCCCAAGUUCCAGUUUCCUGGGGCAAAGGUGAAAGGCCCAGAUGUUGACCUUGAUGCAGAUGUUAAAGCACCUGAUCUCAGUCUCUCUGCUCCAUCACUUAAUGGACCUGAUGUGGAUCUGAAUUUGCCCAAAGCUAAUGUAGAUCUUAAAACACCAAAUGCUGACAUUGAGGCUCCUUCUGGCAAAAUCAAGUUCCCAACACUCAGAAAGCCCAAGUUCCAGUUUCCUGGGGCAAAGGUGAAAGGCCCAGAUGUUGACCUUGAUGCUAGUUUAAAAACACCUGAUCUCAGUCUCUUUAGUCCAUCACUCGAGGGACCUGAUGUUGAUCUGAAUUUACCCAAAGCUAAUGUAGAUCUUAACGCACCAAAUGCUGACAUUAAGGCUCCAUCUGGGAAGUUUAAACUUCCAACUUUUAAAAAGCCAAAGUGGUCAGUCUCAGGUCCUAAUGUUAAUAGUCCAGAUGCAAAUCUAAAUGCUGAUGUUUCAGCCCCUGACUUGAGUCUCAGAGCUCCAAAGUUUGAUGGUGAGAUAAACGCACCAGAUGUAAAUCUAAACUUACCCAAAGCUGACCUGGAAAGCCCUAAGUUAGACAUUAAUGUUCCAGAUGUUGAAGGUCCUUCUGGAAAAUUAAAAUGGUUCAACUUCAAUAAACCCAAACUUGGCUCACUGAAGGGUCCAAAGGGUGGCAUUGAUGCUGAUGUGAAGGUACCUGACAUGGACCUCAGGGCACUUGAUGCGAAUUUGAGUGCACCGAAUUUUUCAGCUCCAAACAUUGAGGGUGGGAUUAAGGCUCCAGACCUCAGCAUCGGCAUUCCAAAUGCUAAAGUGGAAGGUCCAGAUGUAGAUCUUAGUGGUCCAAAUAUUAACCCAGAUAUUAACAUGCCCGAUGGUAAGAUGAAGUUCCCUAAACUUAAAUUCCCCAAAUUCAGUGGGCCAAAAGCCAAGGCUCCUGAAUUGGAUGCUAAUUUAAAAGCACCAGACAUUGAUGCCAGUCUUGUCUUACCUAAAGGUGAUGUGGAUGCACCUAAUGUAGACCUAAAAGCAUCAGGUCUCUUCUCUGCACCAAAAGUUGGUCUUGAUGCACCGGAUCUCGAUAUCAAUUUACCAAAAGCUGAUCUAAAAGGUCCCAAUGUAGACCUUCAAGGUCCAGAAGUUGACUCCCUAGCUGGAAAAAUCAAGAUACCCAAAAUAAAUAUACCAAGAUUUAAAAAGGACCUAAAAGGACCUAGUAUUGAUGUUGAUGCUGACAAUGUCUCUUUUCCUGAUGUAAACCUUAAAUUGCCAACAGCUGAUGCCAAAGCACCUAACUUGAAUCUUUCUGCCCACACUAUUAAAGGUGAACUCAGUACUCCAGAUCUGGAUGCUGAUCUUAAGACAGAUAUUAACCUUUCAGCCCCAAAAACAAACAUCAGUGGGCCAGACUUCAAUCUUUCUACACCAAAGAUUAAGGCUCCACACAUGAACCUUAAUCUGCCCACAGCUGAUGUAAAGGGAUCCAGUCUGGAUCUACCAAAAGCAGACUUGCAGGUACCUGAUCUCAACUUGAAUGCACCAGCUCUCAGCCUGUCUUCACCAAAAAUUGAUGGAAACCUCUCAGCACCAAACAUAGACACCAAGUUGCCAAAAACUAAACUGGAAGCACCAAAUGUGGAUAUCAACCUGCCCAAAACAGACCUCAAUGGACCUGAUGCACAGUUAAAGACACCAGGUCUAGAUUUUGAUUCCCAUCUGGGGGAAUUUACUAUGCCUCAUUUUAAGGUUCCAAAACUGGGACUUUCAAGUCCUGAAGUAGAAGUUCCGAGUGUUCAUCCUUCAGUGGAGGCUGGAAUCAAGGCACCAAAGGUCAACAUAGGCACUACUAUGGAAAACAUCAAAGGACCCGAAGAUCCAAAUGUAGAUGCCAAUCUUGAAAAUUCUAAAUUGUAUCCUGUAUUUAAAGUCCACAGACUACCCAGGAACAGCCUUGAUGACAUUGCAGGAAGUAGUGAUACCUUAGGCUUGUUAAAACUUAACACAGAGGCAAAGGAUUAUAUCGUCAGCAAAGGGAUACGCUUGCCAGUGGUAAAUGCUACAUCAAAAGCAGGAGGAAAGAUUGACCUCAUGGAGAGAUUGAAAAUGUCAAAGAACAAAGCAACCUCAGUUACCCUCCCACCAUCUGAUGUCGAUCUCAAGCUCUCCGCCCCAAGUCUUGAUGUCAGUGCCUUGACAAAAGAAGGAGAUUCGGCUUUGGUGAGAGGAGGUACUUUCAAAGUAGAGAAGCCAGAGUCUGCGCUGGGCUUGGUAGCCCCUGAGAUUUCAGCAUUAGGUGCAAAUGACAAAUUGUCAUUGAGCCUCUCCAACAUGCUCGGCCUUGAUAUCAAAGAUUCCGAUGCUGACUGAUUCCUUCUAGGCUAACGUGAUGGGUAAAGCUUCAGUCCAGAAACAUUGUAAAUACAUCUAACUUUACAAGUUUUCUUCCCUAAGUUUGGGACCCUAAACUCAGAUGUUGACAUAAUGAUAUAAGGUUUAUCUAUGCUUGCUACAGUUUUCUGCAGAUAAUGCAGCUACUGUACCCUCCUAGUGUAAUAACUUUAAGUAGCCAAAUGAAAAAGAUUGUUUUUAUAAACCAUGUGUAUUUUCCUGUUAUUUAUAUAAGCUGUUUUUCUAAACAUUGUUGAUUUGGAAGUAUGUUAACUAUUACAUAACUGCCUCAGUAUUGCAUGUGAUCACAAUGAGCUGUUUAAGUUUCUGAGAAAUGCAUUACUUUACCUUUAAAUGUUCACAUAAGAGAAUUGCGUGAAUUAAUAUAUUUGUUUAUUUUUUCUUCAAUAAAUAACUACACAUUUAA